CGAGAAACUUCUUGCCUCUUCCCCCCCAUUUUAAGUCAAUCCCGAAUCAACCCACCGACAAGAUUAGGCGGGGUCUCGCCUUCGCGUCGCCAUGGCCAGCCAUCUCGAAAACCUUCUGCUGCCACACGGCCGCACAGCGCUCUGCAAUUCCGUGCUACCAGCACUUUUGGACUGCAUCUCCGACAUCGCGAAGACGUUACGCAAGUCACAACAUGUCUCUCUUGCCGGCACCGCAAAUGCAUUUGGUGAUGGGCAGUUGAACGUCGAUAUUUCAGCAGAGAACCUCGUCCGAGCUGCGCUUGCGAAAUGCCCUUCCGUAGUCACCGCGAGCAGCGAAGAAGAGCCCGUGGAGCGACCCGCCGGCGACGGUCGAGCCGUGGACAACGAGACUCCCGCUUCAGAACAAUACACCGUCGCCUUCGACCCUCUCGACGGCAGCUCCAUCAUUGCACCUAACUGGACAGUGGGCACCAUUAUCGGCAUCUGGGAUGGCGGGUCGGCGCUCCACCAACUGCCCUCGAAGAGGCAAAUCGCCGCCGUCCUGGGCAUCUACGGGCCGCGCACCACCGCCAUCAUCGCCCUGCGGAUCCCCGGUGCUGAGCCGUCUUGCCUCGAGGUCGGGAUCGGCGAGUGCGGGGCGCAGGACUGCGAGAUCCUCCGGUCCAAUGUGCGCUUCACGGACCCGCCGUUCAAGACGCGCUAUUUUGCCCCGGCCAAUCUCCGCGCGGCAGCGGAGGACGAGGCGUACAUGCGCCUUAUCACGCAGUACGUGCAGAAGAAAUACACCUUGCGGUAUAGUGGUGGUUUAGUGCCGGAUGUGGUGCACGCGCUGGUGAAGGGUCAUGGCGUCUACGUGUCCCCAGUGACCGGCGUGAGCAAGGCAAAGCUGCGUCGCUUGUAUGAACUGUGUCCUAUUGCGCUGGUGGUUGAAUGCGCUGGAGGAAGGGCUGUUGAUCCUGCCGAUGGGGAGGAUAUUCUGAGUCGGCCGUUGGAGGGUUGUGAUGAAAGAGCGGGUUUGAUCUGUGGAACAGCUGAGGACGUCGACAUUGCGAAACGGGCACUGCUUGAUUCCAAUUCAUAACACGAGAAUCCACGGCGGAAUCCACACAUUCUGUUGAUGGCUAAUCCCUAUGCAACCAAGUUAAUAGCCCAUGUUAUUACAGACAACAACCACUCAGGAAACGAAACGUUCCGUAAGGGGCCUCUGCAGUGAUACAUAAUUAUCGGCAAUCUAAAUGAAGCUCCUGAAAUCCUUCCAGUCUCUUUUCCA